CCCAGCCCCACCACCCCGUGUCCACCGCGACCAAAGCAAUUAAAAAGCCGGAGGAGGAAGAGGAGAAGAGGAGGCGGGGGGAAUCGGAAGCGACCACAGAGCGGAAGCAAGUUCGCUUCGGCCGCGUGCACCAAUCCCCAAUCUCCUCCCCGCUCCGUCUCUCUCGUCGCGGAGAUUCGGCCCCGCCGAUGGACCAGCUCGUCAACUUCAUCAUCCGCCCGCCCAGAGCUGACUACAGUCCAAACGAUGAUCUAUUGGAGCAGAAGUUUAUGCUGAAGGGAAGAUGGUUUCAGAGGAAGGACUUGGAGGUCAUGAAUGGUCAGGGCAAGAAAUUGAAGUGUAGUCACUACAGACCUGUUGUGAUCCCUGAAGGAAAAAAUCUUCCUUGUGUCAUAUACUGUCAUGGAAACAGUGGAUGCAGAGCUGAUGCUAGUGAAGCCGCUAUUAUUCUUCUACCAUCAAACAUUACAGUCUUUACGCUGGACUUUUCAGGGUCUGGACUCUCUGAAGGAGAUCAUGUCACAUUAGGCUGGAAUGAAAGGGAAGAUCUGAAGGCUGUGGUUAAUUAUCUACGGACAGAUGGGAAUGUAUCUUGCAUUGGUUUGUGGGGUCGCUCAAUGGGUGCUGUCACAAGUCUAAUGUAUGGAGCGGAGGAUCCAUCAAUUGCUGGAAUGGUUCUUGAUAGCCCAUUCUCCAACUUGGUUGACUUGAUGAUGGAGCUAGUGGAUACAUACAAAUACCCACUGCCAAAAUUCACAGUCAAAAUUGCAAUACAACAUAUGCGAAGGAUUGUCAAGAGAAAAGCCAACUUUGACAUCAUGGAUCUUGAUACCAUUCAGGUAGCAAAACGAUGUUUUGUUCCUGCUUUGUUUGGGCAUGCAACUGAGGAUGAUUUUAUACUUCCCCAUCAUUCAGACAAAAUCUAUGAAUCGUAUGUUGGUGACAAAAACAUCAUAAAAUUUGACGGGGACCACAAUUCACCACGUCCUCAGUUUUACUUUGACUCGAUCACGAUAUUUUUCCAUAAUGUGCUAAACCCUCCUGAAGUCCCUGAUGAUCAUUAUUUCCUGACACCACAUGGCAGCCUUGGUCAGGGUCAUUGGGAUACACAACACGACAUAGAAUAUAGGUUUGCUGAUUCACCUACAGGGACAGCCCAUGCAACUACCACAGAAGGUGCCAUUGCGCAGUUGCGUUCUAGAAGGCUCAUGAGCAGAAUGGAGGUCCCAUCUGGUGCCACCACAGAAGACAGGACUGACAGAACUGAGGGAAUGGAUAGUGACGUUGGCCCAUCCUCAUCUAGUGUAUCUACUGCUACUCCUCCCAAUGGCCGCAAUGGAAGGCUGCUCACUCCAACCUCUGAUGAUGGAGAGUAUGUGGAGUACUCAUUUGAUAGCUUAUCCGAUAUGCCUUACACCGAGGAAGAUGAAGACAGAAUGCUGAUGCAAGCAAUUAUUGAGUCCCUGAGGGACUUUGAGCAGUCAAAUACAAAAAAUGCGCAAUCGGCUGCAUCUGAUGAUGCAUCCAAGGAAAAUAAUGUCGUCAAAGAUUGCAAUGGUGUAACUGGUGCGACAGUGGAGCCGGAUACAUCCUCUGUGUCGGUAUGUGCCACUGAUGCUCCUGGCGAGCAUAUAUCAGUCUGCAACAGUGAAGCAAAAGCAGCUGAAGUGCUAAGUGCAGAUAGCCAAGAUGUGAAUCGGGCGGCUUCUGUCAAUGCUUCUGGCUCUUCAGAGCCCCAGGCGUCAACAAAGAUCAAUGGAAAGCCUGCCUCGGUAGAACCCCCGAAAUCAACUCAGAACGUCAAUGGAGAGGAUGGCACAAGAGCAACUCUGGUAGUUCAAAAGAACCGGACCGGUGGCCUGAUAGAUGGAUUGACACACAAAUGGGGUUCCUUCUUCAAGAACAAUGACUGAGACACUGAGACGAGCAAAACUACACGAUGACUCCCUUGACAAUACGUGUUCCAGUUUGUUAAUAGUCAUAGAGUUGCCUUCGGCUGAUGUCCAGCUUGAUUGGUUUUACAUGUAAAAUGGAAAGGAAAUACUGUACGAGCGUUUUCAGGAUGUUCGUGUGUACAUAUAGAACUAAGAAUUGUAGCGAUCCCAUUGAUUGUGUAUUGUCUCAACACUACUUACAAGCCCUUAUUCUUGCUAAUGUAUUGUGAUAUAAUUGGAAAGCCGAUUAUUUGGGAA